AUGGAAAAUCCAUUCGAAUUUAGUUUGUUAUUAAACAUUUUCGUGGCGCUAUCAUUUAUAUCAUUUGUAACAUUUUUAAUCUGGAUAUUUCGACGACAAGAUUAUUUUAAAAAUCAUAACAUUCCGUACAUAAAUUCGUUUCCACUUUUGGGAUCAUACACUGACUCGCUAUUUGGUAGAACUUCGUUUUAUUACAAUGUUUUGGGAAUUUGUAAUCGAGCUGAGGUCAAAGAAAAACUUUUCUUUGGAAUAUUUUUGUUUCACAACCCAUGCUUGAUGAUAAAAGAACCUGAAAUCAUUAAAAGAAUUUUGGUCAAGGACUUUCAAAGCUUUAACAAUCGAUAUACAAAUUCAGAUGUGCACGAUGUUCUUGGAUAUUACGAAUUGUUCAUUUUGAAAAAUCCUCUAUGGAAAAAAAUGCGCGGAAAGUUGUCGCCAUUCUUCACAAGUGGAAGAUUAAAGUCAAUGUUUUAUAUUUUGGAUAAAAUCAGCAAUGAUCUUGUCGAUUUCAUUCACAAAAGACUCGAUGAUGAUGAAAAGGUUGAAUUGGAAAUUAAACAUUUAACCGCACUUUAUUCGACUGAUGUAAUUGCUAGUUGCGUUUAUGGGAUUGAUGCAAAGAGUUUGGAGAAUCCAAAAGGAGAAUUUCGUGAAAUCGGUCGACUCAUGUUUGAGCCGACAUUCUGGCGUAUUUUAGAAUAUACGUCGGUCUUUCUAUUACCACAAAUCACCAAACUAUUUGGAUUCAAAGCGUUUACAGAAAAAGGAGACAAGUUCAUUAGAGAGACGGUUACACAAGCGAUGAUUGAGAGGGAGAAAAACAUCGAUAUAUUGAUGGCUCAAGCGGCAGUGUUCUUCCUUGCAGGCUACGAAACUUCAAGUACAACUAAUGCGUUUGCCAUGUACGAGAUUGCAAAAAGCAAAGAAAUUCAAGAUCGCCUUAGAAACGAAAUUCGAGAAGUUCUUGUAAAAAAUGACGGUAAAGUGACAUACGAUUCGAUAAUGAAUGCAACAGAGAUUCCUUAUUUGAAUCAAAUAAUCAAUGAGACUCUUCGAUUGUAUCCGAUUUUACCAAUCCUUGAUAGAGUUUGUACAAAAUCUGAUGGGUAUUCAUUGGAACCUUUUAGUGACUUUAAAAUUCCUUGUGGAAUGCCAAUUCAUAUUCCGGUUUAUGCAAUUCAUCUUGAUGAAAAGAAUUUCCCUGAACCUUUGAAAUUUGAUCCUGAAAGAUUUUCCCAGGAUAACAUUCAAAAUAUCAAACCGUUCACAUUCUUCCCAUUUGGUCAUGGCCCACGAAAUUGCAUCGGUGAACGUUUCGGAUUAAUGCAAGUGAAAACUGCCAUCGUAAAAGUUCUUAAAGAUUUCAGAUUGGAACCAUCACCACGAACGCCAAUGGAAAUUGUUAUAGAAAAGAAAGCUUUCUUGAUUCAAUCAGACAAAGAAUUGCUUGUGGAUUUAAUUAAAGAUCCUUUGUAUUGA